AUGCCCGUGGAUGUCUGGGACGACGAGUACACCUCCGAGGACUCGGAGUUCUCAGAGACAGACGUCUCCCUCCGACGCCCCGGACGACGAACCCACAUCCGCCAACGCUCAACCUCACGCCACCAUCACGCCCACCCAGAAGUGAAGACCUUUCUAGCACCAGCGCAACCAACACGAAUGCACCGGUCGGCCUCAACAGGCGGCCGCAGACGCGAGCGCGACCCACCCCAAAACCCAACCGUAAUGAUCUUCAACGACCAAGCCCAACGCAGCGAGAACAAGCCUUCAUCGCGCCGGGUCCAACACCGCGUCAGCGAGCACAACGGCAACCAUUUCCACGACGAAGACAUCCUGCAAGUCCCGCAAGCCCCGCCACCCCCAGCCCCAGCCGUGCAAGUGCCGGCCCACGCGCACCACCACUCCCGCGAGCGCAGCUACAGCAGCGUCUCGCGCGAUGCCUCGCCGAUGCAUUUCCACCGUGACCAUGAGCUAGUCGCUAACCAGCACUCGCUGGAGCGGAAUGAUAUACGCCAGGAUAUGGAUCUCUGGAAACAUCAGCUGGAAAUUGAGCGGUUGGAGAGGGAGCUUGCGCGCACGCAUGAGCGCGCGCAUAAGGAGCGACCUGCACCUGCACCGGUGCCGGCGCCGCAGCCGCAGCCGCAGAUUGAUCCGAGGGAGGCGUGGCGGCUGCAUGAGGAGGAGGCUUAUGAGGCUGAGAUGAGGGAUCGGUUGAGGAAGCUUGAUCGCUAUGAACGGAAGUAUCGGGAUGAGACUAGUCAGCGGGAGGCGGAGGAGAGGCUUAAGUUGAAGAGGUUUGAGGAGGCGCAGCGGGCUGCUGCUGAGGAGGAGGAGGUUAAGCAUAAGCUGAAGGAGGAGAGGUUGAAGGAGAUUGCGAGGUUGCAGGAGGAGAAGGAGGAGAGGAGUCGGCUUGUGCGGGAGGAGAAGUUGAAGGAGAUUGCGAGGUUGCAGGAGGAGAAAGAGGAGAGAGAUGAGCUUGUGAGGCAGAUUAAGGAGGAGGAGGCUAGGCAGGCGAGGGAGGAUGCGGAGAAGAGGGCUAAGGAGAUGGCGAUGAAGGCUGCUGCGGUUGAGGAGUGGAAGCUUGAGCAGGAGAGGAUGAAGCAGAGGCAGAGGGAGGAGGCUGCGCGGAAGGACAAGGAGUUCCGUGAUCGGCUGCGCAUUGAGUUUGGGUAUACUGAGGAGGAGAUUGAGGCUAUUCUCAAGAAGAAGAACAAGGAGGAGAAGAAGGAGAAGAAGGAAGAGAAGAAAGAGGACAAAAAGGAAGAGAAGAAGGAGGAGAAGGAGAAGGCUACUUGGAUCAAGGUUCAUCGCAAGCACUUGCUGCCGGAGACCUUGCUCGCUUACGGACUGCCCUGGGACUGGGACGAGCACGAUUCCGAAUACAUCAUCAUCAAAAAAUGGAUCAACGAGGACCUUCAAGAGGAGCUCUUUGCUCACACUAUCCGCAUCCGUCACCAGAAGGAGAACCAAAGAGUCAUCGCUCAGACCUCCCACUCGAUGACUGAACUGAGAGUCAACGACCGCAACAAGGACAAGAUGUUCCUCGUUCGGAAAAAGAGCCCUAAGGGCCGACUGCGCGUCUUCGCAUGA